AUGAAAUAAAAGAAUAAUAUGCAACUUCCUUGUUGUAAGAAUCACGAUUUUUGUGGUAUCAAAUAUGAUUUUCAUGAAAGUGAUAAGAGUUAGAUUUAAAUUUAGGAAGAGAGAGUGAUUAUAUAUUUAUAUAUUCUCAGGCAUUGUCAGCAAACAUUGAUCAAUUUAGAUAAUCAAGGGGUUUGAGUGGAGAGAGAUAGAUAAACCUCAAUUAGAUGACCGAAUAGGCAUUAGAUGAUUGGUAUUGUUAAUCACAAAAUAGACCAAUGGAAUAAUUACUCAAUAAUAAGAAAAGAUUCUAUGUUCCAUAAUAAUAUGCAGAAGAAUUAAAAAGUAGAUAUAGAUUACCAACCACUUAAAAAGGAAUCAAAGAAUAUUUGUUUACAGAUUAAAUAUCCAAAAAUGAAAAAUAUAUUAUUCAAAAUGGGGAAAGUAUAUUGAAUCCCAAGAAUUUGCUCUUCAAUCACACCAGAUUAGAACCUAAAAUAUUGAUGUUCGGUUAGCCAAUCCAAGAAAGAGAAGAUAAAAAGCUCAAGAGGAAAUAGGUCGGAUCUAGAAGAAGGGGAGUUCUAUUGUAAUCUGAUGAAAAUUACAGGAGGUUGAGUAGUGUCGAUAACCAGUCUCGAAGAUUCAGUGUUCAUGAAUAACCAAUACAUUAAAAUUAAUAAUAAAGAACCAUAGAGAAUCACCUCUUUCUAUAGAAUUAUGAAAACAUUACUAGAAACUACACUAAAAAUGAAGAGGUUCCCUUAUCUUUCGCAUACAAGGAGAUUAAUUAAUUGUAAUAGUAAAUAGAAAAAUAAGAAAAGGUGAAGUAGCCAGAAGAAAAUCAAAUAGUCAAAUGUGAGAAUAGUUAGUAAGAAAAAUAGAUGAUUGACAAUAAUUUUAGAUCCAUGAUGAAAUUUCAUCAGAGGGAAUAGGCAGAAAUUAGAAAGCAAUUAAAUUAGGCAGUUUAAUCUAUCAAAUAAUUAAUUAAUCCAGAUUCUGAGUACGAACAAAAGAUUUCCAAUUUAAAUUUAAUUCCCAAGCCUUUUCAAUUUACAUAAACAUAACAAUCUCAAAAUCAAAUAACUAAUCCAGAUAAGAUGUCAUAAGGUCAUUAAACGAAGAAAAACUCAGAAGCACGUACCAGAAUACAUACGAUUGAUUAAUUGGAAAGUACUCUAUUAACUAGCAAUAUGAUUGAUAAUAUAAAAGGACUCAAAAAAAAGAAUGAUGAUAAAUCAAACAAAGAAAAAUUUGAUGGCAAUUUGUUGGAAAAGGUAAAUAACAAACUUAUGAAAGAGGAGAAACUUAAGAUGUGUGAAACUGAUUCAAUUGAUUAAAAACCUCAUUAAGCACCACAUAAAUAAACGAGAUAAACCAGAUCAUCAAUUUAAUAGAAUUGCAAGGUCUCAUCAGUGAGUCGUAGAACUACUAUAAACAACAAUUUGAACAUGUCUUUAAGUUUAAAUAAGGGUGAUAAUCAAAGCUAAAAUGUUACAAAGGAUGAUAAUCAAGGCCAAAAUGCUCCCAAAGGUGAUAAUCAAAGCUAAAAUGAUUUCAAAGGUGAUAGUAAAAACAAAAAUGUUAUCAAGGGUAAUAAUCAAAGCUAAAAUGUUACCAAACAAGUUCUUGCUUGGAAUCGCAAAGAUUCAUUGAAUUAGAAGGAACAAAAAUAAUAGAAUUCAAAUUCCAAUAUCCCUGAAAUCAAAUAAUUAUUUAAUUACAUUAACUAAGGAAGAAGUGAAAAUGUUGAGAUCAAUGAAGAAGAAGAUAUUAUUUAUAUUUAAUAGCUCAUCAAUCCUACCAUAUCAAAUAAAUCAGUUAUGCUAUCAAAUAAAUAAUCAGAUGUAAGUGUUGCUAAUUCUAAAUAAUUGAUCUAGAAAACUAAACAAUUGCUGAAUUGUAAUUCUGAAACUAGGAUUAAAUAUAAAACUGAAUUAGUUAAUUUUAAUGCCUUGCUAGAUGAAAAAUAUGAGAAACAAUAGGAAGAUAAAUACUUUUGGUACAAUAAAGGGAUUAAACACAUUAAGGAUAAUAUUGAAACAGCCUUGCAUUGUUUUAAAUAGGCCUUGAUUACUAACCCUUUAGAUUCUAAUGCUGUAUAGUUAGUAGCCAUAAUAUACGAAAAGAUGGGCAAAAUUAUGACUGCUAAAAAAUGGUUUCAAUUAGCCUUACAAUUUACAGAAACUAAUCAGCUUAAAUUUAGAUAUGCUCUUUGUUUAUACAAAACUGGAUCUUUUAAAGCAUCCUAACAAUUAUUAGAUUUAAUCAUACAAAAUGAUAACUCUAAAGACAGAUCAUUGUAUGUAUAUUUGAGAGGGAUUUGUGCAAAAAGAAUGUUCAAUUUAGAAAGAGCUGCAGAAGAUUACAAAAUAGUUAAAGAAUCCUCAAGAGCUACAAAUUACAGUUUGUGUAUUCACUUUAUGCUAGCAGUUUUAUUUAGUUAAAAAAGAUAAUUGGAAAUUAAAUUUAAUCCAUUAGUUUUUUGUGAAUUUCAUAAAUUGGUUACAUCAAUUAUAGAAUAAGAUGUUUACAUCGAGAAUCUAGUUAAAUUUUGGAUUAAUCAAUAAUGGGUGAGAGAGGACGAAUUAUUAAUUGAACUCAAGCAAACAAGCUUCUUUAAGAGAAUUGCUACCAGCAUUCUAGUAUUAUUUUUUAUCAUUAUUUAAGAGAGUAUUUUUGAAGAAUAUGAAAUUGAUCGUAGUUGAAAAGGAUAAUGUAAUAUUUCCAAAAGAAAAUGAAGUGCACGUAAUUGUAGCAGGUAAUGUGAAUGUAUACGAUCAUAGAGUUUAAUAUAAAAGACCUGAUAUAAUUGGUAAUAAUUAUUAUUGAAUUAAGCUAAUUAUAAACAAGGAGAUAUUCUUGGCUGUCCAGACAAAGACAAUGGUUUAUGCAAUAUCUCAGACAUAUGGUUUUUAACUCAGACAAGAUUAGAAUUGAUCUCAAUCCAGAAGAACUACUUUGAAGAGUUAUGGGAGGCUCAACAAUAGAUGGAAGGAAUUGAAUUAUUGACAAGAUUACAAUAAUUGUCCAUUUUUAAAGGAGUCUCCAUUUUAACUCUUUAUAAAUUAGUUUAUGAACUGAUGGAGAAACUCAAUCUCAAAAAAAAUACAGUUCUAUUUAAUGAUGGGUCUUACUAUGAAAAUUUUGAAUACAUCCAUCUUAGAAAAUAAACCAAGGCAACAAUCUAGAUGACUCAUAGGUUGAUUGAUUAAUAUAAGCAUUGUCAUUUUCAAAGCAAAUUAAAGAAAUUGAUUAUCAAGCAUAAGCACAAAAUAGAUUAGUUGAAAUAUAAUAGAAUGCAUUUAGAGGGUUUUUACAUCAUGCUUUCAGGUAUGUGUGAAAUAGAAAAUCCAAAUGGAUUCAACAAUUAUUAUAUAAAAUAUGGGGACUAUUUUGGAGAAACUUUGAUGUUCAAUACUAAAGGUUUUAACUCUUUUGGACGCAUUAGAGCAUUUCAAAAUGAUGUUACAAUAUUGAAGUUAAGCAGAUUUCAUUUUAAUAAAAUACCAACUCUGGAUGUAUAAUUAUUAAAUCUAAUAAAAAUAGUUGAGAAUAAUGGAGAAGAAUUGUGAAAAAAGAUAAGAAAUUUUGGAUUUGGAUCGAAUUUACAAACAGAAAUAGAAAAUAAAGGAAAUUCAGUUGUAAAAAUAGCAUAACACAUAUAAUUGA